AUGGACACCGCCAAAGUAGAACCACCUCAGGAAACGAAGAAGACGAUUCUCACAGCUCAAACUCCAUUAUCUAUGUCGAUUUCAUCACUUCCAGAUGAAAUCGUUUUAAGUUUCUUAGCCCUGAUCUCUAAAUCGUACUACCGUUCCCUCUCUUUAGUCUCCAAAAGCUUUUACUCUCUUCUCUCUUCUACAGAGAUCUACGCGGCCCGAUCCCACAUCGGAGCGACAGAGCCUUGCCCGUACGUGUGCCUGUGGUUACCCAAAAAACAUCGCUGGUUCACCCUAGCCGAGAUUGAGGGUAAACUAAGUUUAGAACCGGUAAGGCUCUCUUCCUCUUAUCCUCGUACUCGAGUAAACUCAACCACUGUAGCUGCUGGUACCGAAAUCUACAAAAUCGGCGGAACUGUCAAGGGCAAGCGAUCCAGAGCUGUUUUUGUACUUGAUUGUUGGACUCACAGGUGGCGUCGUGCUCCUAACAUGAGAGUGUCAAGGGUAGGCGCCAAGUCUUGUUUUUUAGACGGAAAUAUAUAUGUAAUAGGAGGAUGCAGAAAGAGUGAGGAAGAAUCCAUGAAUUGUGGUGAAGUUUUCGACCUAAAGACUCAGACUUGGAAUCCGCUGCCUAGCCCUAGUGUUAAUUAUGCCGUCCAUUCGAAUCACAAAGUUGCAGUUUCUGGAGAAAGGCUAUACGUAAUCACCAAGCGUAACAACUAUGCAUAUGAUCCGAAUGAAGGAAGAUGGCUACCAGACGUGGGGUCUGUGGAUUUACAACCCAUAACUGGACCUUGGUCCGGCGGUAUAGAAAAAGUUAUGAAACCUAUAACUGGACGACCUUGGAAGUACACGUGGUAUAGCUCAAGUCAUCGAGCGUGGCAAAGAGUUAUGGGUUUGGAUGUUCUAUACGAUAAGCGUGGUUGUGGCUACCGUACGAUUCAGUUAGUUAACUAUGGUGGGAAACUGUUAAUUAUAUGGAGCGAGUGGAUCAUGAUUCUAGACGGGUAUUCCCUUAUUCGCAGCCAAGAGAAGGAAAUUUGGUGUGCUGUGAUUAGGUUGGAGGAGCGUAUGUCUUAUUUCGGACCCCAGAUUUGGGGGGAGGUUGAGAGCUGCAAUGUUGUUGUGCCUAGCGUCCCCAAGUCUUAUCAGCUCUCAAGUUGCCAAUGUGUUUCGGUCUGA